GUCUGAUGCAGCUAGCUAUAGCCAGCUUGACUCUGUAAGCAACUGUUAGCUGGCAAGAAGCUACAUGGUAUAUUAUUAUUGUUAAAAUUACAACAAAGUACUUAAAACCAAAGCACCUAAAGAAUGAGAAGAGUUACGUUAUUUGUUAACGGGACAUCUAAAAAUGGCAAGGUUGUAGCAGUGUAUGGAGCCUUCUCUGACUUACUAUCCGUAGCAAGCAAUAAGUUAGGAAUCAAAGCCUCCUGUUUAUACAAUGGAAAAGGUGGUCUUAUAGAUGACAUCACCCUUAUAAGAGAUGAUGACGUGCUGUAUGUAUCAGAGGGAGAUCCUUUCAUUGACCCUCAGAAUGAAGUCAAGGUUGCAGCUGAUUCGCAUGGAGCUCACACUGAUUGGCUGACCCUUAAUAUUGGUGGUCGUCUGUUUACCACCACCAGAAGCACCUUGGUCAGCAAAGAACCGGAGAGUAUGCUCGCUCACAUGUUUCGGGAGAAAGAUGUGUGGGGAAACAAGCGGGACAAGCAUGGGGCUUACCUCAUCGACCGAAGCCCCGAAUACUUUGAGCCUAUUCUCAACUACUUGAGACACGGUCAGCUUAUUAUCAAUGAAGGCAUCAAUAUACGAGGUGUCCUCGAAGAGGCUCGUUUUUUUGGAAUUGAGCAACUUGCUGAACAGCUUGAAGCAGCAAUCAAGAACUCUCAGCCUCCUGAGGACCACUCCCCCAUUUCCCGCAAAGAGUUUGUGCGUUUUCUUCUGGCAACGCCCACCAAGUCAGAGCUCCGCUGCCAGGGUCUUAAUUUCAGCGGGGCCGAUCUCUCCCGGCUCGACUUGCGUUACAUCAAUUUCAAGAUGGCUAAUCUCAGCCGCUGCAAUCUGACGCACGCUAACCUGUGCUGCUCCAAUCUGGAACGGGCCGAUCUGUCUGGAGCCAACCUGGAUGGUGCCAAUUUACAAGGAGUGAAGAUGCUCUGUUCCAAUGCUGAGGGAGCUUCUCUCAAAGGAUGCAAUUUUGAAGAUCCCUCUGGACUGAAGGCCAACCUGGAAGGAGCCAACCUGAAAGGGGUUGACAUGGAAGGAAGCCAGAUGACCGGCAUCAACCUGCGUGUGGCCACUCUGAAAAAUGCAAAGCUGAAGAACUGUAACCUGCGGGGCGCCACUUUAGCAGGAACUGAUCUAGAGAACUGCGACCUGUCUGGCUGUGAUCUACAAGAAGCCAACCUGAGAGGAUCCAACGUGAAAGGAGCCAUUUUUGAAGAAAUGCUGACCCCGUUGCACAUGUCCCAGAGUGUCAGAUAACUUGGCAACAUGCCUACAAGUCCAAUCUGGACUUGAGCCACAGAUGGCUUCUUUGUUACUCAGUUCCUCCAGCCUAUCCUACACUAUACCCCCCCCCCCCCCCCCCCCCCCCCCAUCAAUCUCUCUUUACCUGUGUACAGCACAGGUAGUUGUAUGCACAUCCCUGGCAUUCCACCUAUGUUAUUGUUAGCUUUAAAUAUCUUGCACUAGAAUUUAUCCAGGGUUGUCCAUGUAUGUUUGAAUGGUAGGAUGUUUUGAGAUGUCCAGCUACAUAUAUCACCAAAACAAAAUGAUGUUCCACAUGUAUGUAGAUGUGUCUGGAUGCAAUCCAACAACUAUACUCAUUUAAUGUGUUGCAUAACUUAUAUUCAUUUCAUAUUACUUGACAUGUUAAUGGGAGUCAAAACCAGACUUUUGCAGUGAAGUUCAGAUUGCUGAGCCUUACUGAAUGCUGCUGUAGCAGAAACUGAAGGGGUCACUUAACCAAUAACUGUGUCGCUGUACGUUCCUCUUUUAAGUAUGUUACUUACUUUUGCUGGAUACUAUACACUAUAAAGGAAGCAAUGCAAGCCAAAGCCAUACGACAGCACAGUCUCAAAGGCUAGAAGUGCUGUCAGUGCACCAUAAAACUAUGCGACUAUGCUAGUUUUCAACACAGCUUGGGUAUGCAAUACAUGAUUUACAGCUGUGAGAUUACUCUUUUCCUACUUUUGAAUAUUGUGUUCUUAAAAAAAGCUCUCCAUUGUUUUGCGCUCUGUGAAACUACCUCUUUUGUUUUGAUUUUUUAAAAUCCAUGUGUGUGUGAGAGAUCCACAGCUGCAUGCAUUUUACUGUGGCGCCACUUAUUGUAACGUUUAUGUACGACACUCAUUAUUCCUCGAAUCCCAUUAUGAGAAAAUAAUCCAACUUGGCGAGCUUUAACCGAAGGCCGCGUUCACAUGUUGUGGGUUUACCUGGAAAAAAAACAUGCUCCGUGUACAGACGCGUAUCACUUAAUCAUGCUUUGAAAUUAUUUGCACAAGUAUAUGUUUUGAUUUGUAACAUGUUAUAUCUUUUCACCAAAAAAAUGUUUAAUGCUUGUAAUCUUAUGUAAAUCAAAUCCAGUGCUUCCAAAAAAAUAGAAGAAGAAAAAAUCACUAUUAGGCGGAUAUUUUGUUACGGAACAAUCUCACUUCAGUUCUUACUGGACAGUGUCUGUUUGCAUGUGUGAAGAGCUAUCCUCACCUUUUGACUGGUGAAGUUUCUUUUAGCUGUAGCUCAAAGCUGCUCCAAUGCAAUACUAUUCACUCAGUUAAAUCGUAGGUACCCAGCCUGUGAGAAUGAAUGAUGAAGGCAAUCGUGUAUUUCACCGUGAGUGUGAAAAUUGCAAAGAGCUAUGGUUAUUUAUUUUAAUACAUCUCUCUCAAUGCAAUAUGGGGCAGAGGUUGUUAGGUUGUUAUUUUUUUGUUUGUUUGACACAGGGGGCGGUGUAGUUCUCCCUGUGUAUGAUUAUUGCACUCGA